GAGAUUCCAUGGGCAUACUUGCCAGGGCGGGCGAACACGGCGGACAUGCCGUCGUGAAUGGAGUUGCCAAGGCCCUUUUGGCGGCUUGUACCCUCGAGAAGGAAACUAUGCAACACACGCACCUUGAACGGGGCAAAGAGCGGAACUCCACAGAGUCGCUGGGAACCCUGGUAGUGCGACUGUACUACCGCAUGGGAACAUUGAGAGCUCUUGGCAGGUUCUUCGAAGGCGGCUUUGCAAACAUCGGACAUAUAUACAUACUCGCUCUUACUGUGUAUCCAUACAAUCACCGCAGUCUCACUUCAUCCCGGAGCACAGCAGAGUCCACAUGGCCCAGUCACUCCUGCUGCCGCUGGCAGUCGCGGCCAGCUGCAUUAUUGCAUGUUUAGCAGCAAACGAUGUAUACACGGCUGGCACGACCAAGGUCGAGCUGGUCGGCAAGUCGCCUAACUUCCUGGUGUACCCCAACACCAGCAACCCUGAUGUCUUCCUAAUGAUGAAGUUCUCCAAGCUGGAGGAGCGCGAGGUGGGCGGCGGCAAGGUCAACAUCCACUCCAUCACCUCACUGGCCUCUGCCGAUCCCGUGUUCAACGCGGCUCUGGUUGAGGUCAAGAAGAAGGGCAGCAACGACAAGGUCAACGUCACGAAGAUCACCAUGACCGUGGACCCGGCCUCGAAGCAGUCCUUCCAGAUCUCCUGCGACAAGACUAAGGGCAAGCCCGCGUCCGAGACCUCCUCCAACAUCACACUCUCCGUCAUCAUGUACGUUGGCAUCACGGAGGAUGUGCAGUUCCCGUACGGCGUGGACGACAACAACAACACGCUGUACACUGACGUGGCCAAGGGCGACAUGAAGUUCAACGUCGCUUUAAACAACUGGAUCUUCUGCACUUCCACCAACUACAUCAACCUGGACAUUGACCUCUCGGUGAAGGGCAACGUGUCCGUGCAGCCCAGCGUCAGCGGCGGCAACCUGACCAUGGACCUGGGCGGCGGCAAGGCCACCAUCCAGUUCGCCGACUACGCGCUGCCCACCUUUAACUCCUCCACCUCCAAGAAGAUCGCCAUGAAGGUGCCCGCCAUCACCGCCGGCAACGGCAGCGCACCCACCUCCAUCGCGCUGCAGCUGCCCAACCCCAACGGCCCCUCCUUCUACUACGACCCCUCCGUCACCGUCACCGCGACUGCUGGAAACGGUGGUGGUGGCGCCGCCAGCGCCGCCCGCGUGUCAUUCUGGGCGGCAGCGGCGGCCGUGCUGCUGAGCAUGCUGAUGUUCUUCUAAGGCACUCAAGUUCAUGACGUUUGCCGUUUGAUUGAGUGAGCACGUGGGUGGCAUGUCGUAUGUGGUGCUGCGUUGCGAGCCUGGUUGCGAGCGUGCGCAAGGUGGCCGUCUCGGUAUGAACAGCACAUGAGACGGACUACUGGGGACAGAAAUGACUUCACCUGACCUACCGUCAUCGUACGUUUGGCAUUCAUUCGCAAUUGUUACUUUAUUAUUCAUAUAAUGAUUCAGGGAUAGUCACAUUUAAAAUAUAAUACGGUAUCGGACCCGGGGACCUCCAGGCAGCUCCAGGCAGCUCAUCGUCACAGUGGUUUCCACUAAGCCAGUGGGAGCCAUACUCCACGGCCAUCCAUCUUACAUAUGGUAAAGUCCAUUUGCAAGAGGUCAGGGCCGGGCGUUAACCUUUGCAUGCGGGCGAGGGGCUGGAGCGUGGUACGUGCAUGGGCCUGGUGCGGCUGUCGUGCGCCGUUGCCGGCGUGUGUCAUUCACCGGCAACCAGUGCCUGAGUAUGAGUCAUGAGGCGGGUAACAGCGUGUGAACUUAGGAGCGGGAAGUUACCCCAGCGGUUGAGAACUGACGAGCUGUGGGUGGGUUGUGCGAACUACGUCCCGGUGUGUGGCUAGAGGUUUGGCGUCUGUGGUUUAAUUGUAGCCGUGUGACGGUGGUGUCUCUCUGGCACUUCAGCCCCCGGUGGCAGCCCUAGAGCAAAACAUGGCUGGGGCCUGGUGCAGCACCCAUGCCAGAUCCACGGCUUGACCCCUGCCAUGACCCCACCCGACGGAAUCACCCAGCCAUACUCCACGGCCAUCCAUCUUACAUAUGGUAAAGUCCAUAUGCAAGAGGUCAGGGCCGGGCGUUGACCUUUGCAUGCGGGCGAGGGGCUGGAGCGUGGGUAUGUGCAUGGGCCUGGUGCAGCACCCAUGCCAGAUCCACGGCUUGACCCCUGCCAUGACCCCACCCGACGGAAUCACCCAGCCAUACUCCACGGCCAUCCAUCUUACAUAUGGUAAAGUCCAUAUGCAAGAGGUCAGGGCCGGGCGUUAACCUUUGCAUGCGGGCGAGGGGCUGGAGCGUGGUACGUGCAUGGGCCUGACAUGCACGCUUACUAUGCGGAGGACAGCCGCGUAGACAUGGCCAGAAUCUGGGACGUCGUUAGAGGCUGAUGGAAAGGAGAACGGAAGCCACGCGGGAACGGGGCGGGGGGGGGGGCGGGGCGGGGCGAGGCGACCAACAGGGCCGGGAAAACGGCGUGGCGAAUUCGCUGGCGCCAUCGCUACCGACUGUACUUCCACUGCAUUCUUACGAAAAUAAUGUUUGACGCUACGACCUUUGCUAUUGGAAACAUAUUUCCCACUAGAUCAGUGGAAAGUAACCUCCCACUGGCUUAGUGGAAACCACUGUGACGAUUAGAUGCUCCAGGCCUCCAUAGAUGGAUUGGACAUGGGGCGUAACGACAAGGGAAGGCUUUGAAGAUGCGGACGGCGACGUACGGAGUCACCGUGAGAGGUGCGGGUACCGCAGUGCGUUUUGUGGGUUCGCCCCUUGCACUUACUUUGUCACGACAACACGACCGCCCAUCCGCCACCCGCGAAUAACGUGGACCAAGCGCUUCAUGGCAAGCGAUGUUGCGAUCCUGAGCAAGGACCAAUAGCAUCUGACGCUGUAAAGUGCUAGUAGGCUGUGCUAGCCAAGUGAUAGACUGAUAGCGGUAGUUUGAGGUGCUCCUAGCCGAGAAAGCUGUAUGUGCAUCAGGAAGUACAGGAAGGUUACGGGCCUGUCCGCAGUGCUAGCUCGCUUUGCUGACCAGCCUGAGCUUUCGCCCUUCACCUCUCGUUUGCCUUCGUCUGCUGUGCGUGCGCACGUGUGUGGGGCGGGGUGGGCAGGGGUGGGCUCCAUCGGGACCAGUGGAAGGGACUAGCACCUAAUUCAAACAUCCAUGGAAUCGUGCGCGGCCGAAAGCUGCCGAAAGCGAGUGGAAAACCAGCUCGGUAGACGUGUGGGUUAUCACAUAUGAAAGGCGAGUGUACGGUCUGCACAUAUACAGUUAGGUCAGAUGUGA